UACAUUUUCUAUUUAGUAACUUUGUACUAAAAUUUGUACCCUUGCAGUAUUACUUUAGAAGGUUUUAUGCUGAAAGGUCGAACGAGAAACCUUCAAAAGACCCUUUAAAAAGUUCUCAGCAUGGCCUGGAAUGUGACACAAAGUAAGAGCUGUUGGGAGGGCGGGCCACGAUACAGCAUAGAUAAAAAGCCCGUAAACUGUUCUCCAGUGACACAGCAACGAACGUCAGGGUCUGAUAUUACAUUUACCGAAGUUGUACAUUCGGUGCCUUCCAACGUGGCGAACUCCCCACCGUCCAAACAGUUUGAUAAAUAUACAGCAGCGGGUCUGAACGACAGGAUUCAUAUAAGAGCAGAUAACAGAGAGCCUGGCAAGACAAGUUAACGGGUUUAUCACUUAAACUAACGCUACAACACCGACAGGGCAACUCCCCCUAAACAGACAGCAAGAUGGAGAAACCACCAUUGCCCACUGAUUUGGAUGGGUGUGGAUUGGCUGCGGGUCGUUCAGACAUGGCUCUGGUGUCGGCUGAUGAGGGCGAGGCUACGGGUACUGAGGAGCAGGGAGACAGGCCAGCGUGGGACAGUAAGAUACAGUAUGUGCUCGCCCAGGUGGGUUUCAGUGUGGGCUUGGGCAAUGUCUGGAGGUUCCCCUACCUUUGUCACCAAAACGGAGGAGGUGCCUUCAUGCUAUUAUAUGUGAUGUUGUUGGUUAUUAUCGGGGUUCCUCUGUUCUUUAUGGAGUUAGCUGCUGGACAGAGCAUCCGCCAGGGCAGCAUCGGGGUCUGGAAAUACAUCUCACCCCGCCUUGCAGGCAUCGGCUACUCUAGCUGCAUGGUGUGUUUCUUUGUGGCCCUCUACUAUAAUGUGAUCAUUGCCUGGUCGUUGUUUUAUUUGGGGAAUUCAUUUCAAUAUCCAUUACCAUGGGAACAGUGCCCUGUCGAUCUGAUCACAAACCAGACAGUGAAGGAAUGUACAGCAAGCUCUCCUACUUCAUAUUUCUGGUUCAGAAAGGCUCUGGAUAUCUCAGACUCCAUAGAUCAGUCGGGAGAAUUUAACGGCAUCAUGUCCGGUUGUCUUCUUGCUGCCUGGGCUAUAGUGUGUCUCGCAAUGAUCAAAGGCAUCAAGUCUUCUGCCAGGGUGAUGUAUUUCUCCUCUGUGUUUCCAUAUGCUGUUCUGAUCUGUUUCCUCAUCCGAGGGCUCAUGUUGGACGGGGCUAUAGAUGGCAUCAAAUACAUGUUUUAUCCAAAGCUGGAGAUUUGGGGGGAGGUGAAGGUGUGGCGUCAGGCGGCCACGCAAGUGUUCUUUGCUUUGGGUCUGGGUUAUGGCUCCGUGAUCGCAUAUUCAUCCUACAACCCCGUGCAUAACAACUGCCAUCGUGAUGCCAUCAUGGUCUCUGGCAUCAACUUCAUGACGUCAGUGUUGGCCUCUCUUGUCGUCUUUGUGGUCCUCGGCUUCAGAGCCAAGAAUAUUUCAUUGAACUGUGUUGCAACUAAUUUGGCCUCACUGGCUGAAAUGGCAGAAACAGAUUCAUUACAGCAUUGGUGGCCAUGGUUUAACAUGUCUGAUCCCAAAUCAGUGAAUCUGCAGGAAUACAGAGAAUGGUACAGCCACUAUGGAAGCAUGCUAGGGUCAAAUAUCACUGACUGUGACCUGGAAAGAGAAAUGAGCAAGGGUGUGGAGGGCACAGGAUUGGCUUUCAUAGCCUUUACAGAAGCGAUGGCUUUGUUUCCUGGAAGUCCGUUUUGGUCAGCGUUGUUCUUUCUCAUGCUGUUGAAUCUGGGCCUGUCUACCAUGUUUGGCACCAUGCAGGGGAUUCUCACCCCACUUAUGGACAACUUCAAAACGCUGGGGCGUCACAAGACCAUGUUGACAGUGUGUAGCUGUAUGCUGGGCUUCAUCAUCGGCCUGCUCUUCACGCAGAAGAGUGGCAAUUAUUUUGUGACAAUGUUUGACGACUAUUCCGCCACAUUGCCGCUCAUCAUCGUUGUCAUCUUUGAGACUAUCAGCGUGGCUUGGAUUUACGGUGCUGAUCGGUUCUUGGACGAUAUUGAGGUGAUGCUACAUUGGCGCCCCCCAGUGAUAUAUUCCUACUUGUGGAAAUAUGUGUGCUUAUUCAGUAUGGUGGGAUUGCUGGCUGCUAGUCUUCUCCGUAUGGUCUUCAAACGUCCCACUUACACAGCGUGGGACCACAACAUGGGUUCUGAAACUACCCUCGAGUACCCUGGCUGGGCACUGGCAAUGCUUUCCAUGCUCAUCAUCGCUGCAUCUCUCCCUGUUCCCAUUGGCUACCUGCUUACCUUUCUCAGAAACAGGCAGAGCCUGACCGUGGAGGAGGACGAAGCUGAGCGUCCAAGAGAACGUUACUCCAAAUGCAAUUCCGCAGAACCAGAAACAAAUAACCAUCACUCCCCACUGGAUGAAAACAAUAGUCGGCCUCAUACCGCCUUCCUUACGCUGGGUGCUGAACACUACAGAUUGCUCCCACAACAGGAGGAUGCUGAGGAAGAGGAAGACACAGUGGUAUGAGACAUGGGGAAGGUGCGGUUUAGACAUAUGUUGUAAAGAGAGACACAGGUGUUUUUAAACGGAAUAAAAAAUAAGACUAUUGAUCAGUAUUGAACUCCUUUAUAAUGGAGUGGUGGGAGGCAGGCUCCGUUUAUUCUCAUUAUGCUAAUGAACGUUCAUGAAAAUUUUGACAGCUACAAGCCUGGAGAUGGACACUUUUUUAUGAGUGCACCAAUCAUUCAGUUACUGUGUUAUUGGAUCAAUGUGUGUAAAACCCUCAGUGAUGUGUCCUAUCUCGGAAGUGCCAACAUAAUAAGUAUGCACACCUUUUUAAAUCUGAAUGCAGACGAUCCUGUCAUUUACUCCUAUGUAUGCACACUAAUCUCAAUGCAUUUCAGUUCUGUGAUUUACUUACUUUGAAACGUAAAUGAUAGAAUUUUUAUGUUUGAGAAACCUGUUAUUAAAUUGUACAUCUUAUUACAGCUUCAUCAAAGGAACUGGAAAACUCCUGCAUUCUCCUGUAAUGUAGAAUGCAAUACAUUGUAGUCAACAGCUCAAGCAACUUAGACAUGGAAGCUUUAAAGAUAUCUUAUGCAGAGACAGUUAAAGGGAUAGUUCCCCCCAAAAUAUAAAUUCUGUCAUUUAUUCAGCAUGUCUUUCAGAACUUGUAUGACUCUUCUUCCCUGGAACACAAAAGAAGAUAUUUUGAGAAAUGUCUCAGUGGUUUUCCAAAAUAUCCAAAAUAUCUAUAUCUGAAGAAAGAAAAUCAAACUGGUUUAAAAAUGACGUGCAUGUGUGUAAAUGCAAGAAUUUAAGUUUGGGUGAACUACCCCGGUUUAAAAACUAAAAUGACGUUAUGAAAAUAUAUUGUCUUUAUUUAAAUUUAGAAUUAUUUAGAAAUACUUCGAAAUAUUAAUUUGAAUAAAAAAUAUUAACCUAUAACCUAUUUAGUAUAGGGGAUAGUUUUAGCUUUGAACUGGUUGCAGUAUCAAGGGUUUACAUUUUAUUAUUAGUAGUCACCGGUAAGGCAUGGACUGAGCAAAGUUAUUGAUUUUAUCAUUUUUAAUGACAGUGAAAUAACACAUUUCUUCUAAUAUGAUUGACCUAGAUGCUGCUUGUGGCACAAACCAUAAGGACUGACGUAUGUUAAAUUAUGGCCACACAAUAAAUUCCUACAAUGCAAACUGUUUAUUUUGCUUCGACUGCAUGGGCAGAUAGAGCUUUAUGUGCGAAGUUCUGAUUAGUGUUACAUUCAAUAAACAUGAGUAUUGUGUGAUGUCAGAUGAACAGUUCAGAUAACUGGUACUGUAUAGAGAUCCUCUGGUAGUAUAAAUGGUCCUUGCAGGUGUGAACACAAAAACACAGGCAGCUUCAUUUCAUGGCCUUUAAUGAUUAUUGUAGGUGAGAAUAGAUUUUGGUCUGUUUCAGGCUGACCAAAAGAAAAGUUUUUUAGUCUAUAUUUUAGACUGACCCACAAGAGAAAGGUUUUAGUCAUUAGACUAUAAAUUAAAGCUAUUUUUAAAUUUGUAUGCUAUAGUUCAUGUUUGGAUUUGUGUAAAGGGUCUUUGCAUGUUGAACUUCUUGCUGAAUAUGAUCUUCAUGGGUGUUGGUACUUGUGUGUAUGGGUGGUAAAAAGAAGGAUUUUGUAAUAUGCAAGGCAAUGUUGAAAGUUUCAAAAUUCUUGUGUAUAUAUAUAUACACAGGCCUUGUCUGUGAUAAAUAAAAGACUCUUUAGGCAACA